AUGGCUCUCAACAGCAGAGAGAAAGAAGACGGCAACGAGUCUCCCGUGUCCUACGAUGACCCUGAGCGAUCCAAUGGCGCUCGCAACGCUGUUCAUACAGAUGACCUUGAGCUGGUUUGUCCAGCGAGUACGACCGAUGGCAAGCUCAUGGCCAAGAUCGACUUCCAUGUUAUCCCUUUCUUGUGUAUCAUGUAUCUGCUCGCCUUUCUCGACCGUGUGAACAUUGCCAAUGCCGAUGUAUUUGGUCUCUCCGAGGAGCUUGGUCUUGAAAAGACGGAAUACAACACCGCGCUCGUCGUCUUCUUCGUGCCCUACAUCCUCUUCGAGAUCCCCUCCAACAUCCUCCUCAAGCGCUUCAAGCCCCAUGUCUGGCUGAGUCUCAACAUGUUCCUCUUCGGCCUGACCACUCUGCUCCAAGGUCUGGUUCAAAGCUACAGCGGGUUGAUCGCGACCCGUUUCUUCCUUGGUCUCUUUGAGACGGGCAUGUUUCCCGGUGCCUUCUACCUCAUCGGCAUGUGGUACCGCCGACACGAGGCCCAGCGCCGCUACUCCUUCUUCUUCAACAGCACCACCCUCGCCGGCGCAUUCGGCGGUCUUCUCGCCGCCGCCAUCGGCAAGAUGAGUGGCGUGCGUGGCUACGCCGGCUGGCGCUGGAUCUUCAUCAUCGAGGGCGGCCUAACUGUCUUUGCCAGUCUCUUCUUCUACUUCCUUCUACCCAACUUCCCUGAGCAGGCAAAGUGGCUCACCCCAGAGGAGAAGGACUACGUCACGGCACGACUGCGCGCCGAUCAGGGCCACGCCGGCGCCGAGCGCAAGACCACUUUUGGCGACGCCCUCAACGUGCUCAAGGACUACAAGAUCAUCAUCGGUGGCUUCAUGUACUUCGGCCUUAUUGUCCCUGCAUACGGAUACGCUUACUUUGCGCCUGGUAUCAUCAAGACGUACGGCUACAGUCCCAUUCAGACACAGCUUUACAGUGUUCCUCCGUGGGCUGCCGCUUUCGCAUUCUCUCUAUGUGUGGCAUUCGCAUCCGACAAGCUCAGACAUCGAGCAUCCUUUGCCAUCUUUGCAAUUCUCGUCGCCAUCGCCGGUUUCGCUACCCUCAUUUCUGUCCACGACAACCACAAGGUCCAAUAUGGCGCUCUAUUCCUCGUCACCAUGGGCGCAUAUACUGCUAUGCCCAUCAUUGUGUGCUGGUUCAACAUGAACCUGGGAGGCCACAGGAGAAGAAGCAUCGGUAGCGCAUGGCAGGUUGGCUUCGGAAACAUUGGUGGUAUCAUCGCCGUGUAUGCCUUCCUACAAAAGGAUGCGCCCAAGUUCAUUAGGGGCUACUCCAUUUGCAUUGCCUUUACGAUCCUGGCAAUUAUCGCGUGCAUCACAUACGCCUUUGUGGUGGUGUACGAGAACAAGAGGAGAGAUGCGAACCCACCAGAGAGAGAACUUACGGAUGAUGAGAAGGCUGAGCUAGGCGACAAUGCGCCCACAUACAGAUAUCUGCUGUAA